AUGGCCUCCUGUCGAAGGGUUGGACUCCUGUCCCGGUCCUGGGUCUUGGUGGUCGCCUUCACCUUACUACAGUGCGGCUCGGCCCAAUUCUGUUCAUUCUGGAAUAAUGGUUGUAUCGACCCGCUUGCCCAGACCGCUGUGGCGUUCAGCUUCCCACCUCUAUUCCUCGACCCUAUCACCUUAUUCUACUCCUUCGACUCCAGCUCCUCCGGCAAAGGCGAGGGCCCGAUGACCAAGACGGCGUUCUGGCUCGGAUACCAGGAUCACAACAUCAACCCCCACGUCGUCGACACGAACCGUACCUCCGAGAUUGCUCUACGAGUUGGAAACUUGACAGGCACACCGAUGGGACCAAAUAAUGGAUGCGAUGGUAUCUGGGGUGGACAUUGUUCUCACGAUAUCAAGACUUCGUUGCAAGCGACCAUGUUUCAACUGGCGACCUCUGGCGAUUAUUAUCACCAACCUUUAGCGACCGCCUUGGACCAAUUCAUGAUGACACCACCAGAGCUACCAUCCUGCGGUGCGCCCGUAUUCGACGUCGCCGCCAUCCCUGUGCAAGACUUUGCCUAUGAGGAGGCUCCUUCUCAGGAGGUUACCGUUAUGAAGACAGGAUCGAGUCAUCACCCGUGGCAGGUGUGGUAUCUUGAUCAUAUGACAGAUUUUCAACAAGCCUCGCAGGUCGCGGUAGGAAUUGUCAGUCGUUCCCCCAGCUUUGAUAGCCACCCGCCGCUCAGCCCCGACGAUAUUCAAAUCGAGCUCGUCUGCCUUCAGGCACCCCAAGGCCCACCCACAGGAUCCGGAUCCCCGGAGGACCACGAUUGA